AUGGACAUAUCUGCGAGAUCCUUAGCAAACUCAGAUUCAUCCAUGUCUUUAAAGUUCCGAAAAACAACAGAUUUGCUGACAAUAUUUUCCUUUCUCACCUUAGUUACGAUUUUGACAGCACAAUGGUCGGACAAGAAAGGACCCGGUUCACAUGAAAAGAAUGAUGAAGAUGAUUAUGACGACUUAGAGGUGAUGGAUCCAUAUUCUUCGUUUUCUAUUCCUGGUGUUUAUCCCGAUUAUAUCUCAGGGCGUGCUGCGGUAUAUUGUGCGGACCGCAAUAAUGAUAGCAAUUCCUGUGUAUCCUGGGACGUACCCUCGUGGCGUGAAGGUGAUGUGAUUGAUGCGUUUGAAGUAAGAUAUCAAAAGAAUGAUGAACAUGAUUAUGUCUUAGAGGUGAUGGAUACAGAUUUUUCGUUUAUUAUUCAUGUGAAUGUGACUUCAGUAAUCUGGCACCCGUCUGCAUUAGAACCACCUGACAUUGAUGUAUACGGACGUUCACCUUACGGGAAUGUGAGUUCAGUAGGCUUGGUCUCGCUUGACUUCAAACCACCUAUCUUUGACGUAUUAGGACGUUCCUCUUACGAUUCUGAGAUAAGUUUGACCAGGAAAAAUAUCACAAAUUUGUUGCCACUGGAAUUACUACAUGAAAACGUCUUUGGAUAUGGUAUGGCAGAUGCAGGUUUAACUGUUAUGUUGUUGUGUAUUGUGUGCAUUGAUUUCACAAUGUUUAUCGCAAUGAUAUGCCGCAGUGAAAAAGGUCGAAUAAUGAGAUUUAUAUCGGCGUGUCGUGUGGUGACAAAAGGAUUGCUGAGAAUUCUAAACAAUAACGGAAGACGACGUUUUAAGUCUUUAUUGUUGAUGUUGCACAAAGAUACACGAAUCAAUGCAAAACGAAAUCAGCACGGCAGUACAGAAAAACACUCGACUGCCGCUACAGAUGUUGCCCCAACGGCGGAUGCCAAGCGUACACUGUGCAAAGUUUGCUUGGAUGAAGAAAUGUGUGUUAUGUUUCUACCGUGCUGUCAUUUGGCCACAUGUGAAAGUUGUGCAGACAGGUUACACUGUUGUGUUGUGUGUCGGUCAUCGAUAGAGGGAUCAUUCAACGUCACGAUGAUAUAACUAUGCUCUAUUGGACAUUCAACGUUACAAUGUUGUAACAUUCAGAUAAUUUACUUAGUCGGCAUUUUGUUGAUAUCUAUUUAAUUAACAAAAAGACUUAUUAUAUGGAGCUAGAUCCUUAUUUAAGAUAUGACAUUUUGUAAUUGCCACCCUUUAGUUUGUACGUCUAAUUCAUUUAAGCUCGAUUGUGAUAAAGGUUUCAAGCUUAUAUAAACCACUCUCUAGCCCGCUUUCUGGAAAACCCAAUACGGAUGUCAUAAUGAGAAUGGGUGGUCUUGACCCUAGUUGGGCUAAGCGGCCGACACCUUGACCAUUAGACCACCGCUCUUCUUUUAUACGGAAUUAUUUAGAAAUUUAAAGUGGACUACAGUCUAACCUGUAUAAGUUGACACCUUUAUAUAGCGUGACCCUGUCUGUAAUUGCCUGUCUAAAAUCCGACGGAUGAUUAUCCAUGUAUAAUAAACCUUUUUAUUAUAUACCUAUAUAAAUUCUGUAAAAAAUCGGCUUUUAUUUCACAAUUAAAUAUGAACAGACAGACAAAAAAUCAGUAUUGUACCUUUUUUAAUUCCGUAUUGUACCUUCCGUAUAGUAUGCUGCCGGACUAUUUCCAUUAAUAUGCAUGACCCGGCACAUUUCUAUAAAUUGCGGACAUAAAAACUUCACUAAGUUCCAUUGAAUAUCGAUAAACAUUGAAGAUUCCGUUCAAGAACACAACAAGAAUCAAAAUGGCAAAGGUAUAUAAUAAAAGGGUCAUUAUAACAGUAGCUAGUUCUGGGACUUUGUAUUCGGCUCUCGUGGAGUUUGCAAGGUCGGAUCACACUCGGCGCUUGCGCGCCUCGUGAGAUCCGAUCUGGCAAAAUCCACUCGAGCCGAAUACUGCAUACCAGAUCAAGCUACUGUGAUAAUAACCCUAUUGUAUAGCGUGACCGUGUCCAAAGGUGUUAACCGCAGGCAGAGAUGGCCCAUAAUUGCGAUACAGCGGUCACUGCCGGACAGCAAAUACCACGCCUUGUGAAUUAUGUAAAUAUAUUAAUUAUGUGUGUGAAUAAUACAUAAACUUUUAUUAUGUUUUUGUCUUUUAAUAAAUGUUUAUUUAAUGUUUUUAGAAUUGUAUAAAUAUACUUAUGAAUGUUUUGAAACUUUUAAAGUGUACCUGAUACAAACAAGAAAAAUAAAAGUCAGUUCUGUUCUGA